AUGAAGCCAAUUGCUUUGGUGCUACUCUGCCUGGUGCUGGGCAGCCAGGGACGCGUGCUGCAGCCUGCAGCCAAGGAGGCGCUCGAUAUACCCGUGGCCAUAAUCAAAGAUGAGCCGCAGCCGCUGAUCAAGGAGGAGCAGGCGAAGGAGCCGAAGCUGGAACUGGAGCAGGAGAAACAAGCGGAACAGGUGGAGCAGCUUGAGCAGCUGGAGCAGGAGGCGAAAACGCAGCUGCCCUUGGCUGAGCCAGAGCUCAAAACUGAACUACCCAAAAUUGAGGAGCCGCAGCCAGAGGAACAGGCACAGCCUGAAGCCGAGGCACAGCCCAUUCUCAAAGCCCAGCCCGUCGAAGCCGCCGAAGAGCCAGCCGAAUCUGUGCCCGCCGAGCCGCUGGUGGAGCAACCACAACAAGUCGACGAUGCCGUGCAGCCACACAUACGCCAAGCCACACAGGCCACGCCCACACAGCAGAGCAGCACGCAGCAGAACUUUGUGCAGCAACUGAUACAAAACUCGCCCAUCGGACAGUUUCUGAAUCAGUUCAACGGACAGCAGCAGCCACAGCAGCAGCAGCAGACAGUUCAGGCCGAUCAGACGGCAACGCCCGCGCCCACAGUGCCUGGCUUUCUGAAUCCAAGUGCUGCCAUCACCUCGGCACAGAAUGCGGUGCAGAAUGCAGCGCAGAGUGUGGUCAACACCACCACGCAGGCCUUCCAGGGCAUUCAGCAGUUCGCCACGAAUCUGGGCACACAGUUUCAGAACACGCUGUCGGGUCUGACGGGCCAGCAGCAGCAGAGCGCACAGCCGACCACAGCGCGUCCGCCGGGACCCAUUCAGACCUUUGUGAACAAUGUCUUCGGCGGUGGCAACAACGCAACGGCUGCAGCUGCACCACAGCCACAGCAAGUUGGCCCGCUGCAGGGCAUCAUCAACUUCCUGGGCGGCAAUCGGCCACAGAAUGCACCACCCGCGGUCGCCACUGUCACCGAGGCACCUGCCAAGCCUGCUGUGGACGACAAGCUGGAGCAGACCGACGAGGUGGCCGAGCAGCCCGCUGAGUCAGAGAACGAGGUGAGGAGCAGCGCCGAAGCCACCGAUGAUUCCUUCGAGGAGGCUGUGCCCGUCAAUGAGGUCAUCGUGGUCAACGACGAUGCCUCCGCUCAAGAUCCCGCAGCCGAGCGCGUGCCCAGCAACUCAGUCGAGCCAGAGAUUGAGCCGGAAGUCGCUGCAGCUGCUACCGAGGACGGCGCCGUUGCUCUCUGA